AUGCAAAGUAGACUUUUCCAAGAGACAUUAUAUUCUCGCCUAACUAUUCAUAGGAUUCUUCCUUCAGUGCAGGCUCAAUCGAAAUAUUUCCAACCAUUGCUUUAUCCCAAAUACCGCCAGUAUUCGUCUAAGUCUCCAUCACAAAGUCCUACAACCUCAAAAACCCAAAACCUGUGGAAUCGUUGUCUGAAACUUGCAGGAAAACAGGCAGAAAAUUUCAAAGACAAGCCACUUAGUUAUGCGCUUGCAUUCUUAUUCCUUCAUGAAGUAACUGCGAUUUUACCUCUUCCAAUGUUUUACUUCUUGUUUCACUCGCUCGACUGGACACCUUCCAGUUUGCCUACCGAGUUCCUUGAAAAAGGAGCUGGUGUUGCGUCCAGGAUAUUUGAAAAAAUUGGAUAUAAUAUACCCAUCGAACAAGUUUCUAGAGUCUUAAUUGAUGGAGCUGCUGCUUAUGCCUGUGUUAAGGUAUGA